AUGGCUGACCCACUCGCAAUCGCAUCAGGGGUUGCGGGGCUGCUUUCGCUUGGUAUCCAGGUCACCCAAUCCUUGGUCAAUUUUUACACUGCGUACAAAGACCAAGACACGGACCUGGCAAAGCUUACUCGGAAUCUCGAUAGUCUUCAGAGCAUCUUCCGAGCCCUUGAUGUUGCAGUUGAGGAGCGUCAAUGGCAGGCUGCCACGCAAGACCUACUUCGAGAAGUCGAGAAGGCUGUACAUAAAUGCGAGGAAGUCAUCGCUGAGCUACAGAGCGAGUGUGAGAAAUUCCACAUAGACUCGGCCGCCGGUUUAAAGGAUCGCGUUAAGGUUGCUGGGCGCCGCGCGGCCUAUCCAUUCCGGAAAAGUACACAACAGAAGCUCGAAGAAGACGUCAGCGACAUACGUGAAAAACUGUUGUUUGCACUCGAUGUCCUGCAUACGAAGAGCCAUAGUCAGAUUCAGGAAGGCAUAUCUGAAGUAAAAUCACUUGUCGAACGAACAAUUGCCAGUCAAGCUACUUUAACGAUUCGUUGCUGGCUUAUGGCGCCGGAUGCAUCUUUCAAUCACAACGCUACGUGUGCGAAAUGUCAUCCAAGCACAGGUCUAUGGUUCGUCAACGGUCAUCAAUUUCGGACUUGGCUAGAGGAACCCAAUUCCUUCCUCUGGCUGAAUGGUUUUGCAGGGUGUGGCAAGUCGGUCCUCUGCUCAACCACAAUACAACAUACAUUCCGCGAGAUGGGAAUUAAAGCAGGAGUGGGAAUUGCAUUCUUUUACUUUUCCUUUGACGACGAGGCAAAGCAAGACGACAAUGGCAUGUUACGCACAUUGCUACUGCAGCUGUCCGUACAGCUAAAUGAUGGCCACAAAUAUCUAGAACAACUACAUGCGUUGUAUAAAUCCGGUUCUCCUCCAGUGGACGUGUUACUUGACUCGCUUCAACGCAUACUUCUCCGAUUUCACAGGAGCUAUAUUCUUCUCGAUGCGUUAGACGAGAGCCCCCGAUACAACAAAAGGGAAGGUGUCUUAAUAGCAAUCAAGGAGAUACGCAGUUGGUUGAUACCUGGAAUCCAUCUUUUGGUGACAAGUCGGAGCGAGUUUGAUAUCCGUGAAUCAUUAGAUCCUUCCUGUGACCAAGAUGUUCCGCUGAGGAAUUCAGCAACCGACAGAGAUAUCGCAAACUUCGUCUCCUAUCAGCUCAAAAACGACCUAAAACUCCAGAAAUGGAAAGAGCGUCAGGAGGAGAUUCAAAAUAAACUCACAAAAAGUGCACAAGGAGUCUUCAGAUAUGUCGAAUGUCAGUUCAAUGCUCUUCGGCGGGCGCGAAACCGGAACCAGCUUGAUGACUGCCUACGCACGUUGCCCCGUGAUCUAGAUGAAACAUACGAGCGAAUUUUGUGCGGUAUCAGAGAUGAAUAUGUCGAAGAUAUGCGCCGGCUUUUGACUGUGCUUUGUGUCUCCACCCGACCACUCACGGUCGAAGAGCUGAUCGACGCACACGCUGUUGAUCUAAAUGAGCCACCACGCCUUGAUCGUGAUGGCCGUUCGUAUGAACAAGACGAUCUUGUCGACAUUUGCCUUGGCCUUAUCGAGAUUGCCACAGACGACAGUAAUAGCCAAAACGCCUUGACUGCUCGCAUAGCACAUUUCUCCGUUCAGGAGUAUCUUCAAUCAAAUCGCAUAUCGCAACAGAAAGCAAAAAGCUUCGCCAUUCGAAGUACGCUUGCGAAUGCAGAAAUGGCACAGAUAUGCCUCGUCUAUCUCAUGGAGCCAGCUCUCUCUGGAGAGUUACUAGAUGACACAAAGCUUACGGAAUACCCACUCGCUCUUUUCGCCGCUAUACAUUGGUUCUAUCAUUACACAAACUCAAGCGAGGGGAUGGCUGAAAUUGAGCAACUUGUGGUCGGGCUGUUCAAAGACAAGACGAAAUCUUUCGCGACGUGGAUACGGUUACAUGACAUAGACAACCCGUUUGGAGUGUCACAGGAUUUGCAUCGCCCAUUUUCUAAUAUGGCAACACCUCUGUAUUACGCAGCCUUGUUGGGAAUAGGGACCGUCUUGGAUAGUAUCUUAUCGAUUGACACUAGGGAUUCAGAGUUACCGGAAAUCUUGAAUGCUCAAGGUGGGCGACUUGGCAAUGCACUCCAGGCUACAUCAUACGGAGGCCAUGAAAAGGCGGCACAGCAGCUGUUAGAUCGAGGUGCUGACGUUAACGCCCAGUGUGGAAAAUAUGGCAAUGCACUUCAGGCCGCAUCAGAGGGAGGCCAUGAAAAGGUGGUGCAGGUGCUGUUAGAUCGAGGUGCAGAUGUCAAUGCCCAAGGUGGAUUAUAUGGCAGUGCACUCCAGGCCGCGGCAUACGUAGGCCAUGGAAAUGUGGUGCAGAUGCUGUUGGAUCGAGGUGCCAACAUCAACGCCCAGAGUGAGCUGCUCGGCAAUGCACUCCAGGCUGCAUCACUCGAUGGUCAUGAAAAGGUGGUGCAGAUGUUGUUAGAUCGAGGUGCCGACGUCAACACCCAGGGUGGGCGUUUCGGCAAUGCUCUCCAGGCCGCAGCAAAUAGAGGCCACGAAAAGCCGGUGCAGAUUCUCCUGGAUAGCGGUGCGGAAAUCAAUACUCGGGGCGGAUUAUAUGGCAAUGCACUCCAGGCCGCAUCAAUAGCAGGCCACGAAAAGGUGGUGCAGAUGCUGCUGGAUCGAGGCGCAGACAUUAACGCUCAGGGUGGAAAAUAUGGCAAUGCAUUCCAGGCCGCUUCAUCGGGAGGCCAUGAAAGGGUGAUGCAGAUUCUGCUACAUGGAGGGGCCGGCGUCCCCACCGAUCGUCAGUUGUGA